GCUACGUAGUUUGGGGAAGUUAUGCUGAAAGACCAAUCGAAUAUUUAAACUGUGGAAUAUUUGUCAUUUAAACAGUUUGUGAACUUGAUUUUUUUUGUUACAGAACAUUUGUUUAACAUUUAUGUUGGCAUGCUAAAAUGUUAGCAAUAUUAUUAAUCGCUAUUUUUGCAUUCCAGUGUAUUGGAUACGGAUCAUGUCAAGCAUCCUUGUGUGAGGGUCCAGGUAGAUUUAAUUGUGGAGACGGGGUUUGCAUAUCUAGAGCAAGACGUUGCAACGGAAUAGAAGACUGCCGUCGUGGUCAAGACGAAUUAGGUUGCACUCCGACCAUUUGCGAAAGGAACGAUGCCUGGUGGAAGGGAAACAAUUAUACUUGCAAGCGAGAUUGUACAACAACAAGGAGAUGUAAAGGUGAACUGAAGAAAUGUAUAUGUGAUGAUGAGUGUGGACUGAGUUGCAUCAAUCCAAGUUCAAUAUGUUUGGGUGAACCACCAACUGUAGAACACGCCGUGUACCGAAAUAUCAGGAGAAUAAUUUCAACUGAGAACGGUAUGAAGCAUCUAGAAAUUGUUGAUCCAGUAGAACCUCCUUACUACUUGUGGGACAUGAUAACUUACACAUGUGAACGUGGACGACGUCUAGUUGGUCCUCUACCGAGAUGCGGUGGGCAUCGAUUAUGGACCGAUGAGGUUCCGGUGUGCGUAGAUAUGUCAUGCCGAAAUCCUGUACCGAAUGUAAGAUAUGCAUAUCAUCGUUAUUUGAGACCGGCCCACGGAAGAAUGUUACCAGUGUCAAAUAAGACAAUUCCUGUCUUGAAUGACGUAGUUGAGUACACAUGCGAAGAUGGAUUAUUGCUCACUGGUGAACCUCCAAAGUGUCUUGAUUAUGGCAUGUGGUCCCACCAUACCGUGCAAUGUGUUGUUCCAUGCUUUGAGGAAGUUGACCCAGAAUUAAUAUCAAAAUAUGGUUUGACAUGUGGAAGUAGUUGUCUUACUACCGCAGAUUGUGACUCGGGAAUGGAAUGCUUUUGCGACGGACCUUGUUCUCGAGUUUGCGUUGAAUCGAAUAUUGACUGUGGUGAGGCGCCCGAAGUACAGCACGCUACCGUUAAUUACACCGGAUCUGCAAUACAUAAAGUUGCCAGGUAUUCGUGUGAUUACGGAUAUUACUUGGCACAUGGAUCUCUCUCUCUUUACUGUUCAGGGUCGGGGUUAUGGAUUGAAGACGAACCAAUUUGCAUGCCUGUAACGUGUGGCGACCCCAGUACGAGUAUAGAGGAGACAGGGGGAUCAAUCAGAUCUUACGAAGGAACACAUGUGGGAGCAGUAAUAAAAUUCCGAUGUCCUACAAAUUACAAAAUGCUUGGAGCAAAAAGCCGAACUUGUUUAGGGAAUGGUAAAUGGAGCGGACCACUGACAAUUUGUGAUCUACGGGACGAAGUGAAACGAUGCCCUCAUCCCGGAGUUCCAAUCAACGGAAGACUUAUAGGAGAUGAUUUUACAGUCGACUCCACAGUCAGAUUCGGUUGUGAUUAUGGUUACGUUUUAUAUGGCGAUGAAGAACAAACAUGUUUAUGGUUUAAAGAAUGGAAUGGAACCGGCAUAACUCCUACUUGCGUUGAUCCUCGGUAUCCUCACACUGCCGGAGACGUGAUCGGCUCUUUGACAAGAACACUAUCUACUCUGCCUGAUCAGCAAACAAGUCUUGGUAGAUUUAUCAGCGCGGAAGCUACUGAAGCGCAAGAAAUUUACUUCAUGUUCGAUGUUUCAGAAAGCGUUCUGAAACGGCCAAAAGAUUUAAAAGACGAAAUAGAAUUUGCAAAGCGACUUGUCCAACGGAUGGAAGGAUUCAAAGGAAGUAUACAUUUUGGAAUAAUGGUUUUUGCAUCAGAAAACGUCACGGCUUUAGAUAUUUCUGAAAGUAAAGCUAGACCAAAAAGUAUAAAGCAGAUAUUAAAAACAUUGGACCAAGUCUACGUAGAAGCUGCUAGCAAAAACUACAAAAAAACAACACGAUCCGGUACAGCAACCGCUUAUGCCUUGGGGCAACUUAAAAAUAUAAUGGCGUGGAUGAAAAUUCAAGAAGAAGGAAAAGAUAAAAAUAAAAGACAUAUCUUCCUUUUCACCGACGGAAAACACACAGAAGGAAUUGAUCCCAUCCAAAUAAGAAAAGAUAUAGAAAGUGAAUUCAGACCAAAUAUUGAAUUUUACAGCAUAACAGCUUGUAAGGAUUGUCACGAAAGUGACAGUCAAAAAGAAUUGGUUGGACUGGCAUCAGAUGGAAAAAAUGGAAAAAACUAUAUUUAUAUAGAGGAUUUUUAUAAACUUUCGACUUACCUUGAUGAAGUUACCGACGUAAAAUUGGACUUUGCAGAAUGCGGACAAGCUGGUAAUGUUGGAAGCAUAAAAGAUCAAGCUAGCUUAGGUAGAUCAACUGGCGGAGAGGACGCGGCAGAAAAUGCUUGGCCGUGGCAGGCUUUAAUUACUAGAAAAUCACAAACUCCGGAAAAGAGUUUAGCGAAGAGCAACUUGUUGGGUGGAGCUUCGAUUUUGAACGAAAAGUGGAUAUUAACGGCAGCUCACGUACUUGCUGACGAGUCUAUGGAUCAUGGCUGGUUGGAGAAUUAUGUGAUAUUUGUGGGAAUAUUUAGUCGACCUACCAUCAGAGGAGAAAAAAUAAGAUCUAGCAUCAAAAUGUUUUCAUUCGGAGACUACAUUGCCCACGAGGAAUAUUCAAAUGAAUGGGGUAAUAAUUUCGAACACGACAUUGCGUUGAUAAAAAUUGGAGCCGAGUUUGAUCCACUAAUGCAGGCCAUUGGUGUUGAUAAAUUAACAUUUGGAUACUACAUUCGUCCAAUAUGUCUACCUUGCACUGGAACAUGCUUGAAGGAAAAGCAAUUGGUGGAUGAAAAAGGAAUAUCAUUGAUAAACGAAGAAAUGAACGAAGUACAAAUAUGUUUAAAAGAAGAGGAACUCUUACUUGCCAAUGACGCAAAAGUUGUCGUAACCGGAUUUGGACACUUGAAUAUCAGCAUAAACCCUGUAACUCAACGUACAUUUAAUCCGCCAAGGAAUCUUCGACAAGGUUUACUGCAGAUUGAAGAAAAACACAUUUGUGAAAGAAAGGCAGAAGAAAUAAGAAUUGCAGAAAAUCUUGAAACUUUCAAGUUUUCAGAUAAUAUUAUUUGUUGCAAAUCUGGAGUCCCAGGUGUAACAAUUGAUGCUUGUAAAGGAGACAGCGGUGGUCCAGUAGUGAGGGAGGUAAAAAAUGUGGAGACUGGAACUUCAUGUUGGGUUCAGAUAGGAAUAGUAAGCUUUGGAUAUAGAUGUGGAUCGAAAUUUCCGGGAUAUUACACAAAUGUUGCAAGAUACAUUCCUUGGAUUAAAUCAAAAACUGAAGCAUAAUGUUUUUAUGAUAUGACAAGUAAAAAGAUGUAACAAGAAACAAAGGUUUGGACAAAUCUUCGGAGAAAAAACUCAAUUUAGCAUCAUUCAUACAUACCUUGAUGACGAACAAUAAUAGAUUUAAAAUUAUGCACAAGAGUAAUGAAUGAUAGGGUUUGGCAUGAACACAAUAAUCUCGUUUCUGAGUUUCUUUAUUGCUGGUUUGAGGUUUUAGUAUACAAUAUCUUCAAGAUUUUUGCUCUUAAUGUAAUGAACCUUUAUAACUAUCAUCAACGACUGUUUCAAUUUACCUUUUAUAUGAAUGAAAUUUCCUUUAAACAGUUUUAGUUCGACACGGAAUCCUGUUCAACGAAACGAGUAAUGAACCGCAGUAGUCAGUCCUAUGAACCACAAUUUGUUUCAUUUUUGAAAAUAUUUUUUUGUCGACAACUAAUCCGAUUUACGUUACUUUCUGUCAGUUCAUACUACAUUUUUCCUUAUGAAACACAUAUAUUUUAUCAUGCAUAGGUUAAACUACAAUCUUGAAGUUCCAAUCAUUUUCUGUUCACUGGUAAUUUUGAGAAAAUUUUGAAUAUUUCUCUUUGCUGAAAAUUAAAUACAUUAAAAUAAAAAAUUCUCUUUUUUUCUAGACGAAUGGUUAAUAGAAAUAUGUUCUUAUUUUUUUUACCAUGUCGCUUUGAUGAAGAUUGUCAUUUCACAAAAGGGAGAAUGCAGUUUAACAUGCCAUCAUUGCUGUGAAUGUAAAAGCUACGACAAGAAAUCCUUCUGAAUGUUUUUGUGCAUGGCUUGGUUAAAUAUAGCCUCUUACAGAAAACUACAUAAAGUGGAUCUUAUACGAAAUUGAACCCUUUUUAAUAAAAAUGAGUUUAUUUACUAAAAUAGGUAGUGAGGAACAUAAA